AUGACCACAGAUACUGCAGGCAAAAUCAGCCUGGGGCUCGAGCGCAUCACGGAUUUCCUGCGGUACCGGCUGCCGCGCGACCCGCGACUGGGGCUGCGGGGCUCAGUUUGUGCGCUGAUCUCACAGGCGCUGAUUUCGGCGGGCUACAAGACAGGGACGUUCAACUCGCCGCACUUUCUUGAGCCCAACGACGCGAUCCGGGAUCCAGGGCACCUGCGGGUGUGGAUCAACGAUCUGGACGCAAAAACGGCGUCAGAGCACGGGCGACUGUCCCUGUUCGAGCAGGCGACGGCGGCGGCGCUGUGGUGGUUUGCGGAGAGCAAGGUGGACGUGGCGGUGAUUGAGGUAGGGAUGGGCGGGCUGCGCGACGCAACCAAUGUGUUCGGCGUGGUGGAGCAGGGCGCAGCAGGCGGGGUGUUCGCCGGGCAGUCGCUGGUGCAGUGCAUCUGCGCAAUCGACGAGGACCACGUGGGGAUGAUCGGCGACACAAUCGAGGAGAUUGCGCAGGAGAAGGCAGGAAUCAUCCGGCCGGGCUCGUGGGUGGUGCUGGGCACGCAGGGCGCUCGGCGGCCUUCCACCGCGUGCGGCAGAUUGCCCAGAAGCUGUCGCCCGCGCGCAUCGUCAAUCUACGCCGCCAGCCGACCCACGACAUGCAUGUACCGGCAUUUUGCCGUCAAGCCCGAGCCGCCGGUAACCGCCGCCCACCCGCGCCUGGUGAGCCGCCCAGCCGACGAGGUGCCGAGCUGGGCUGCAUUCAACGGCACUGGCCGUCGGUGCCUGCGCGCGCGGUACCCGCACUCGCCCGACGAGCAGAGAAGCGGGCGCGGCAGUCAUGCGGCCAUAGCACCGCCGACGCCCACCACCGACGUGGAUCUGCCGCUGGUCCUGGCUGGGCACUACCAGGCAGCCAACGCCGGCAUUGCCUUCUAUGCGCUGGAUGUCGGCUUCCAGAACGUGCGUUGGCCGGGCCGUUUGGCGUGGCUGCGCCUGCGGCCUGCCGGUGACGGCCUCGCCCACUGGCUGCUGGCCGACGGUGCCCACAACGAGCCGGCUGCUGCCGAGCUGGCGCAAAUACGCACUGCUGCCCGCACCCUCAAUGAGCCGCCGCCCGAUGUCGCUGCCAUUCUGCGCCAGCUGGUGUGUCCGGCGGACGUUGUCUGGGCUGUGCCCUUUGCCCAGCCCGACGAGAUGCCCUGGAUCACAUGCUGCGACCCCGGCGACAUUGCGCACCAGGUCUCCGCUGCCUUCCCCGACACGCCACAGCUGAGGGUCGAGCAGUCUGCUGGCUACCUGACCGUGCUGUGUGGAUCGCUGUAUCUGGUCGCCGAUCUGUACCGCACGCUGGACAUCCGGCCAUUCGACUCUGCACCCGUGUAA